CUGAAGAUCUACACUUAGGUUUAAGCUCCGUGAUAUUCACUAUAUAUAUACAUAUAGGAUUAGGAGAGUAGAUUUGAGUGUUGCUUAGGCACAGUCCAGGUACAUCUCAGCUAAUAUCUAAUAUUAUUCAUUUAAUACUUCUGCUUAGACACCAUCCUGCAACAUCUUCUCCCAUUACAUCUAUUGCAGAGCAGCCCCGGCAUCAACUCCAGCCUCAACAUUUCCAUAAAAGUGAACAUGAAGAUGAUGCUGAGUCUGGGUUGGCUGUUCAUAGCCAUAGUCCAUAAGGCUGAACCCCUCAUCUCUGCAAACUUUAAAGCCUGCAAGAAAUUUUUCUAUAAAGGACAGCUCCCUUUUGGAUUUCAAGGCAUUGCUCUCCCUCAUGGUUUUAAUACCUCCGAUUUACCAAAUGGGGUAAAGGCAGAAGAACUGACCUCUCCAGCUUAUAUCUGUCAGCAAUAUGGAAACAAGGUCCACUUUACUUCCCUGUAUGACAGAGGGAGGCGCUUACCCCUCUAUUCUGCCUACAUCUUGGACAGGAGAUCUUCAUCUAAGCCUAUAAAUAACAGACAAAAAUUCUUCAAUAUAGAACCUCAGUUGGUUUAUAGGCAGUUGGACGGCACGAUGUUACCUGAACGCAACACCUAUGAUAAAAUAAAAAGGUACAACGCAAACCAUAACAUUUCACCACGUGAGCAAAAAAAUCAUCCACUUAAUCUCAUUAGAACAAGUCAAGCUGUUGAUGAUGAUUAUAAAAACAGUCGCUAUGACAGAGGCCAUGUGAAUCCCAAGGGGCAUCAUGUAACCGCCGACGAGCAAAAUGCAACAUUCACAUUCACCAACGUGGUGCCAAUGUCUAGAAAACUGAACAACGUGGUUUGGAACCAAUAUGAGCGUGCAAUGCUUGGGUAUGCUGAUGGUUGUAAGACAAUGUAUGUGGUUACUGGCAUUAUUCCGAGCAAGAAGCAGUGGUUGAAGGAUGAGCACCGUGUCAAUAUUCCCAGCCACGUGUGGAACGCUUACUGCUGUGUUGGUAGUAAAGACAAGCCGAUUAAGUCAGGGGCGGGACUGAGGAAAAACGACGACUCAGACAAACCCGUUGAAAAGUUGCAAAUUAACGAGCUUCAAAAGCGACUUAAGAAUCUUUUUGUCAAAGGGAAUAUUGCAAUAUUCCAAAAUAAUUGUUCAAAAAAAUUUAAAUCAUCCAGAAAAGCUGCUGCCAAAUAUAAAGCAAACUACUAAAUGCCUCUAACAGUGCCACAGUCACCUCUGACCUGUACCAACUAGGCACAUUUACAAUGGGAUAAAGUGCAAAGCACAAAAAAACAGAAGCAGCGCUCCAUAAUGGAUGGGGAGGAAGUGGUUGGCACAGGGGUAUCCCCUGUAACAAUAUUAUAUUUAGGGCACCACUGAACCUUAGCCUGCCACCUUCCUCUGCAACCAGUGCACAUGUAGACAGUCCUGCUGUACUAAGCAUGCACUGAUCAAGAGGUACCCCCAUCCCUUUCACCUCUGCCAGCAAAUUUAGUAUCCAGGGACACCCCAGAACUUAGCACCCCUGCUAACACUCUGUUAAUCACAGUGGUCCUAUGAGGGAGAAUUAUUGAGAACAAAGUGCCCUGACCAAUUGAAAGCUUAUUUCCAUUUCAGUAUAUGUCUUUUUGUUAUAUCAGUUUUUGCUUGUUAUUAUUCUCAUACAUACAUAAUAAAUCUGCUCUGAGCAACUGCAAAUGCCCAGUGUCAUUUCUUUUUCUACUUAACUAGCAGAUC